AUGGCGAUAAAACCAGAUACACAUGCCACGCCGCUCACCACCCAGAUUGAAAACCCUCGUCUGAGAGUGCUGAACCAGCUGAAAAAUGGCCAGUAUCCGCUGAUGACAUUCAUGGCGAUUCCCUCGGUGCGCCAGGCACAGAUCGUGGCCUUGACUGGUGUCGACGGUAUCAUCAUUGACUGCGAGCACGGCAACAUUGGGGACGAUUCGAUGCACAACGCCGUUGCAGCCAUCUCGGCUCUCAGUGUGUCGCCCAUCAUUCGCAUCCGAGGACCUGCACAUGAUAUUGUAAAGCGAGCUCUCGACACUGGUGCGCAUGGUAUUAUGGUGCCACAAAUCAACACCGCGGAGGAGGCCCGUCAGGUGGUCGCGUCUGCCAAAUUUCCUCCAUUUGGUGUCCGCGGCCAAGGCUCCGCGUUCCCAGCAAUCGGCCAUGGCAUCACCACGCCCAAGUACAUGAAAUCGGCGAACGAGACGAUCCUAACUAUGAUCCAGAUCGAAACCCGCGCUGGGGUGGAAAAUGUUGAUGCCAUUGCAGCCGUCCCCGGCGUCGACCUGCUCUUCAUUGGUCCCAAUGAUCUGGCACAGUCACUACUGGGCUACGUGCCUGCACGGGGUGACGAACCCGAGUUUCUGGAUGCGAUCGAAAAGAUUGUGGAUGCGGGUCGGCGGCAUGGAAAAUGGGUGGGGCGCAUGGUCAAUAACGGAUCCACAGCACAAGACGCUCGGAAGACAUAUGACAGCGUCGCCAUCACUGGCGACACAAAGGCGAUCCAAAAUUGGUAUAUAGCUGAGCUGGAAAUUGCAAGAUCAUAG